AUACAACAUCAUCGCAGCUAGCAUGCAGCGCACGUUAGGCUAGGUGUGUGUGAUGUGGUUCACGUACGAUACACGCAAAUCCAAUUUGUGUGUAUUAUUUGUGCGGAGAUUAUAUUGCAGCGAAUUUGAGACGACGAACUGGGACAACUUACUUAUUUUGGCCAACUAUUUUACUAAAUAAUCAUAGUGAUUUUCAAUUUGAAAUUUAACCAGACAAUUCAACAAAAUACUGAAGAGAGGAACAAGUAACCAAAGUGACAGCUUUGUCGCCCAAGAAGUGUGAGAUCAUCGUUUAUUUUGGGCUGACGAAACCGAGGCUUCUUCGCCUUCGAGAUGCUGGCUGCACAGAAACCCCGCCGAACCCGGGAGUUCACCGGUCCGACUCCCCACUCUGUAGCGAUAAGAGCUAAGAUGCCAAGCAAACUUCCUCCAGACCACCUCAUCCUGGAGAGAAGAAAACGAGAUGACCAGCGGGAAGAAGCAGAAGCUGUCACAAAGUAUAAUGCACUGUGUGACCUAAAGAACGACUGGGAGAAGAUCACAGACCGGAGAAUCCAGUCAAACACAGUCAAGAGACGGGUCCGAAGUUUGAUGCAGCAAGAAGAAUUCACACUUGAAGACAGAAGACAGAGAUUACGAGAACUGCUAGCAGAGGAAAAUGAUCAAUACCUGGUCGAGAUGGAAGCAGGUCAAGAAACACUUUUGGAACGACAAGCAAAGAUGAGGGAACGGGCAAAAUUUCUGAAGGAGAAAAGGGAGAAAGAAAGAUUACAGAUCGUUGCAGAAAAACUUGAUCAGAGAUGGAGGGAGGAAUGUGAGGAGCUUAGGGCUACCCUCACCCGGCGACAUAUGGAUGAAGUAUGCAUGGACCGUAGCCAUCAGCUGGAGACCAAGGCUCGCAUGGAUGCACAUGAGAAGGAGGUGGAGCGCAUGUAUGCGGACCUGUGGGAGAAGGACAGGCUAGCCAAGGAGGACAAGGAGGAGAAGAUUGCCCAGGACCAACACGCAAGAAACAUGGAGAUGUUGAGCGUCUUGCAGAAGCAGAUGGCUGCCAUCGAGGCCAAGCGCCAGGAAGAAAAACAGCUCAGGAUUGACGGUGGCAGACUUAGGAAAGAGGAGGCAGCACUGAGAAAACUGGAAGAGCAGCGUGCUUUGGCGGAAAAGAGGGCCCUUCAACAGGAGAUGCGAGCUGGUCUUGAUCAGAAUGUCAAGCUCAAAGCCAAGCGAAUGGCAAAGGAGGUCCAAGAAGAGUUAGCCCUUGACAUGAAGAUCUUGGAGAAACUCCUUGAGGACUCCAGGAAUGAAGCCAUGGAGAUUGCACAGAGAAAGAAAGAAUUGCGGGAGGAAGAUCAACGUUACCGCAGGUACCUCCAGGAGCAGAUGAGGCUUGAGCAAGAGAGGGAAGCAGAGAUUGACCGCAUGAUAUCAGCAGAGGUUGAGAGACAAUGGCAGAAGAGACUCACUCAAUGGGCCAAGGAACGCAAUGCACGUAAGAGGCUCAUGGAAGAGGUACUUGCAAUUAGGAGACAGCAGGUGGAGGAGAGAUGUAAGCAAAACUUAUCUUUAUUGAUAGUCUUUGGUGGUGAGGGUGGAUGAGAUGAUGUUGCGGAU